GCGGGGCGCCGGGCGGGCGGCCGCCUCCUCUCCGCCAAAGUUUCGGGAUCGGCGUCUCCUCGUGAUGUAUGGAUGAUAUAUUGCAUUGUGGGUGUCAAUAUAACUGACGGCCAUAUUUGCCGGUGCCGCUCCUGCUGUAAACAACCCAAAGUGUCUGGGAGACGCGGAGACGCUUCGCUGAAUUCCAUCAGGACGCCUCUCGUCCUCCCGCUGGCCAUGUCGCUGGGAAUGUCGUACAAACCCAACUUGAACGCCCACAUCCCCGGGACUCCCCUCGCCCCGGCUGGGAGUGUUCACUCUCCUUCCACAAGUAUGGCAACGUCUGCGCAAUACAGGCAGCUGAUAAAUGACUACGGGCCCCCAUCGCUAGGGUACACACAAGGGAUACAGGGUACCAGCAGCAGUCAAGUACCGCAGAGCAAAUAUGCAGAACUUCUAGCUAUCAUCGAAGAAUUAGGAAAAGAGAUCAGACCCACAUAUGCUGGGAGUAAAAGUGCGAUGGAGAGGCUAAAACGAGGCAUUAUUCAUGCUAGAGGAUUAGUUCGGGAAUGCUUGGCUGAGACUGAACGAAAUGCAAGAUCCUAGCCCAUGAAUGCAGUUACAAGAUCUUCCAUCUCUUAAUGAAGAAAAAGUAAUGCCUACUCAUUCUGACUCUUGAAACAUUCAGACAAAUUCCUUUAUUUUGAAGGUUUUACCUUUCUUUUUGCCUUUAAAAAUGUAUAGUGAAGAAUAACAAAACAAGGAUUUUUCAACUUGCUGAGGGUUGGCAUUUUGUAAAGACACUAAAACUCCCUAAGGCAUUUCUAAACCAUGAAAACUGAACUGCAUGCAGAGGAAUGCUCUCUCCUAGGCUAUAUUUCAGUUCUCUUCCUAUCCAGCCACAAUCCCGUUGUUGGGUUUUUUUAAAUCCUUUUUACUGUUUCAACGUAACCCCAAACUGUCAGUCUUUCAAAGUUUGACAUAAGCUGUAAGGACUUUUUUUUUAUUAAAUAAAUGCAGAAUAGCAUGCUGUACUUAGUAGUCUGCUAUGCCACAAUUUGCCAUACAGCAUAGACCCUGCUUAAAAAUAAUAACCUUCUCCUCCUCUUACUUUUCCUUUUUUGUUCAUUUUGCAUAAACACUUGCAUGACUAAUAGUGCUUUGAAGUCCUUUUAAAGUGCAUGAAUUAUAUGGAAAAUAGGGAAGCCUAUUAAAUAAUAACAAGGUUCUGGAAAGCUAAUUUCUACAUUAAGGCUGGAGAUUUCAGUUUUAAGUUUGCAAAAAAAAAAAAAAAAAAAGAAAAUUCUGGAUAAAUUACUAAAACUUAUUUGCAUCUUUUUAUGUAUUUAUUACUUGAUGUAAUAAAGCUUAUUUUCAUUAA